GGUUGUUCGGCUCUUAUACAAAGGUGAUGCUGGUUAGAUUAUUACACCAUGACCUGUCAAGUAACUUUUUCUUGCAUGUCUUUAUGGCAACUUGAUGAAUGUACUACCAUUUUCUCUUCAUUUGGCCUGCUUGCGAUGUUGCUUGUAAUUUUCAUAAUUGGAGUUCUCUUCAUCAUUUCAUAUUGCCUAGUCCUAUCUUAUAAUUAAUUAUCAUCCUAAAUAAAACGACACACAAUAUAUGCAUUACUAGGGUCCAUUCAAUAGUGCCUUCUAUAUAGUAAACAAUUAUUGAAACUACUUGUUUGUUCAACUAUCAGAAGUCUGUUGAUUAUAUUCCUCAUCUUUUAUGUUUUCUGGAUUACAGGGAGUACAACCACUUUUGGAUGGUGUACUUAGUUAUUUUCCUUGUCCAACUGAAGUCAAUAGCUAUGCUCUUGACCAAAGUAAGAAUGAAGAAAAGGUCACAUUGUCUGGAACUCCAGAUGAGCCUCUUGUGGCGUUAGCUUUUAAAUUGGAGGAAGGGUGCUAUGGUCAGUUGACAUAUCUGAGAAUCUAUGAAUGUGUCAUUCGGAAGGGUGAUUUUAUACAUAACAUUAAUACAGGAAAGAAGGUUAAGAUUCCUCGCUUGGUUCGGAUGCAUUCUGAUGAGAUGGAGGAUAUUCAAAAGGCACAUGCUGGGCAAAUAGUUGCUGUAUUUGGUGUGGAUUGUGCAUCAGGAGAUACAUUUACUGAUGGGUCAAUUAAAUACACAAUGACUUCUAUGAAUGUCCCUAAGCCAGUGAUGUCUUUAGCCGUUCAACCAGUUUCAAAAGAUGUAGGAGGACAAGUGAGUGGUCUGUUUAAGUGUGCCUAUAUGUGUGCAUGUUGUAUUUGUUAGUGUCCAGUGUUACAUGACAAUCUUCUUGUUUUCUUUUUUGAUAGUUUUCAAGGCUUUGAAUCAUUUUUAGAGAGAGGAUCCUACUUUGUAUAAGUAUAAGUUUUCAUGUAGAUUGUUAGAUUUGGUUCUCCAUUUGGAAAAACUAGACUUUGGUUAAGUUGCUUAUAACUAUGACUUGGUGCAGAAACCUUAGCUAUUACUUAGUCCUAAAACAGAAAAUAGAACAAAGGGGCUUAUUUGAUAAUAUAUUUCUAUGUUAAUAUUAUGUUAGUUU